UACGCUAUACUCUCGCACACAUGGGACAGCGAUGAGGUCUCUUUCCGAGAAAUGUCCUCCACCGCUAUUGCGGAGACGACUAAGAGCAAGGCGGGCUUUGACAAGGUCGCAAAGACCUGUGAGGUUGCACGAGAGAAGGGCCUGGGAUACGCGUGGGUCGACACCUGCUGCAUCGACAAGUCCAGCAGCGCCGAGCUCAGCGAGGCCAUCAACUCCAUGUUCAGGUGGUACCAGGAAGCGAAGGUCUGCUUGGUGUUUCUCUCGGAUCUCCGCCCGGAAGUUAGCGGCACUGGGCCUGGGGUCUAUGAGAUAGCCGACCUGUCUAGGUGUAAGUGGUUCAGUCGCGGCAGGACUUUACAGGAGCUCAUCGCGCCAGCCGUGGCAGAGUUUUACGAUACCGUUUGGACGUUACGGUUCUCCAAGGUUGAGUGGUCGAGGUGCCUAUCUACAAUAUCCAACAUCGAUGUCGAUAUCUUGACAUUCAACAAGGAGCUGUCGGCUGUUCCCGUCGCCGUCAGGAUGUCCUGGGCAGCACACCGCCGAACGACCCGUAUCGAGGAUCGAGCCUACUCCCUCCUCGGGCUCUUCGACAUCCACAUGCCCAUGAUCUACGGCGAGGGUGCCGAAGCCUUUCAGCGACUCCGGGACGAGAUUGCCAAGGAGACGAAUGACAUGUCGCUUUUCGCCUGGGUAGCAGUCGAUGAAGAACAGCGGUAUAGAGGUAUAUUUGCCCAGGAACUCGCCGAGUUCACAUUCUGCGGUAAUUACACGCGAGCCAACCGACUCAAAUCAGCCCAGAGCGCAUUCUCCAUCACCAACAAAGGGGUCCGCUUUACCGAGCUCUUGGGC